UGUCUGUCAAGUCCACACAGAGACACAGACACUUCUUGGUUUAGAGAGUUUUAUAAAUUAAAGAUGCUUCAGCGUUCUUCUGAGCGAGUGGAGAUGGUGGUGGAUAUCUAUGAGAGUGUAGAUGCUUUAAAGGAUCAAGACCCCAACACACAGGAGGAAGAUGCUGAUGCAGAAAGAGGGGAAGCAGAGAGAUGCCUACAAGCACAACACAGAGGAGGAGACACUGCAUGGGGCAGGUGUAAGAGACUGACUGUAGUGUGUGUGGUGCUGCUGUGUGUCCUCCUGUUUGUGGUCUCCAUUGUGCUGUGGAUCAAAUUCAACAACCUGACUAAAGAGAGAGACCAAUUACAGACCAGAUACAACAACCUGACUACAGAGAGAGACCAGUUACAGAGAGAGAGAGAUUUGUGUAAAUGGAAGUGGAUCAGUUUCAGCUCCAGUUUUUACUACGUCUCUAAUGAUUAUAAGAGCUGGGAGGAGAGCAGACAGAACUGCAGGGACGAAGGAGCAGAUCUGAUGAUCAUCAACAGCAGAGAGGAACAGGAGUUCAUCAGUAAACACAUCAGCAGUAACAGUGGGGUUUGGAUUGGUCUGAGUGACAAAGAUAAAGAGGGAGAGUGGAAAUGGGUGGACGCUUCACCACUGACCUUCAAGGACUGGGGUCAGGGGGAACCGGGUGGUAAAGAAAAAGAGAAUUGUGGUGAAAUUUACAAAUCUUCAAACAGCAUCAUCUGGAAUGACAAGAACUGCUCUGAAAAACUAAACUGGAUCUGUGAGAAAAAUGUUUCUUCCUGAAGUGAAAAGGUGAAAACGGGAG